AAUUUUUUAACUACGGCCUCUCAGCUUGGACCGAAGGCCGACAUUUCCGGACUCAAAAUUUUGGGCCUAACAUCAUCUCUGUUUCCACCUCCCCAAGAUAGCACUCCUCCAUAUCCAUUAUCCGAUGUUUUUUCAAUCUAUUUCUCAGCAACUUUUAUUUGGAGACACAUUUCAUUGAUAGAUCUACAAAUUCAAUACCCAGAAAAUUUUUCCACUGUAGCACAAAAAUGAGUUCAUCCAAGACUCCGAGGAAAUUACAGGUGGCCUCACCAGUCCCAGCAGACAUUGAUAUUGCCAACUCUAUUGAACCUUUCCACAUCUCUGAGAUUGCCAAAGAAGUCAAUCUCAGCCCCAACCACUACGAUCUAUAUGGCAAAUACAAAGCCAAGGUGAUGUUGUCAGUAGUAGAUGAACUUCAAGGAAGUGGAGAUGGGUACUAUGUGGUGGUUGGAGGGAUUAGUCCAACACCUCUCGGGGAAGGAAAGUCAACCACCACUGUUGGACUCUGUCAAGCUUUGGGAGCUUUUCUUGAUAAAAAGGUUGUCACCUGCCUUCGUCAACCAUCACAAGGACCAACUUUUGGAAUUAAAGGGGGUGCUGCAGGUGGUGGUUACAGUCAAGUGAUCCCAAUGGAUGAAUUCAAUCUUCACUUAACAGGGGAUAUCCAUGCAAUAACAGCUGCGAACAACCUUUUAGCUGCUGCCAUUGAUACCCGAAUUUUUCAUGAAUCAACCCAAAGUGAUAAAGCUCUUUUCAACCGGUUAUGUCCACCAAACAAAGAAGGUAACCGCAGCUUUAGCAAUAUAAUGUUUAGGCGUUUGAAGAAACUUGGUAUCUCCAAGACCAAACCUGAGGAUCUUACUGCAGAGGAAGUCAAAAAGUUUGCUAGGCUUGAUAUUGAUCCUGCUUCUAUCACGUGGAGAAGAGUUAUGGAUGUCAAUGAUCGGUUCUUGAGGAAGAUUACAGUUGGUCAGGGCCCUGAAGAGAAAGGGAUGGUGAGAGAAACUGGAUUUGAUAUUUCUGUUGCUAGUGAGAUAAUGGCAGUUUUGGCUCUGACAACUUCUCUGGCUGAUAUGAGAGAGAGGCUUGGAAAAAUGGUGAUUGGGAAUAGCAAGGCUGGUGACCCUGUUACUGCUGAUGACCUUGGUAUUGGAGGUGCUUUAACUGUAUUAAUGAAAGAUGCCAUAAACCCUACUUUGAUGCAGACUCUUGAAGGAACCCCUGUUCUUGUCCAUGCGGGUCCUUUUGCAAAUAUUGCUCAUGGGAAUUCUUCUAUUGUGGCUGAUAAGAUUGCUCUAAAGCUGGUGGGACCAGGUGGUUUUGUGGUCACAGAAGCAGGCUUUGGUGCCGAUAUUGGAACUGAGAAGUUUAUGAAUAUCAAAUGUCGAUAUAGUGGGCUAUUCCCUCAAUGUGCUGUUAUUGUGGCAACAAUAAGGGCCCUCAAAAUGCACGGCGGAGGGCCACAAGUUGUAGCUGGGAAGCCUCUUGAUCAUGCCUACGUAACUGAGAAUGUCGCUCUUGUUGAAGCUGGUUGUGUGAAUCUGGCUAGGCACAUCUCAAACACAAAAGCUUAUGGCGUCAAUGUUGUGGUAGCCGUGAACAUGUUCUCAACUGAUUCCGAGGCUGAACUAAAUGUAGUCAGAAAUGCAGCAAUGGCUGCUGGGGCAUUUGAUGCUGUAGUUUGUACUCAUCAUGCCCAUGGUGGAAAAGGAGCGGUAGACCUUGGCAUUGCAGUUCAAAGAGCCUGUGAGAAUGUGACACAGCCAUUGAAAUUCUUGUAUCCUUUGGAUAUUGGCAUCAAAGAGAAGAUAGAAGCAAUAGCGAAGUCUUACGGGGCCAGUGGUGUUGAAUACUCCGAACAGGCUGAGAAACAGAUUGAGAUGUACAGCAAGCAAGGGUUUUCUGGUCUGCCAAUCUGCAUGGCGAAAACCCAGUAUUCAUUUUCACACGAUCCUUCUCAAAAGGGAGCCCCAACUGGGUUCGUCUUACCAAUCAGGGAUGUAAGGGCAAGCAUUGGAGCUGGAUUCAUUUAUCCUUUAGUUGGGGCAAUGAGCACAAUGCCUGGGCUACCUACAAGGCCUUGCUUUUACGAUAUUGAUCUCGAUACGGCCACCGGAAGGGUUAUUGGUCUUUCUUGAGGGUCAUGUGAUCUCUAUGGAGUUUGGAUGACUUUCCCACUUGUUGAUUAUAUGGUGGAAAAUAUUCGAACGAAGUCCAAGUUGGAGCUCAGCUCCCUUCCCCGUUGCAGUUGCUCAAACAUUUGGUACUGUUCUUUGCCAUCUUGUUUUCUGUAUCUCACACAGAUAUAACUUGCGAAUAAAGAUAAACAUUCUUGUUGGUA